AACAACACGCCUAUCGUAUUGUGCACACCGAUUUUUGUUUACAGAAGCAAAGUUUGGCCUGUUGUUUAUUCUCUGCUCUGAAAACUAUGAUCUGCCGCUUGUGCUUGUUGGAUUUGGAUAACUCACUCUCCAUUUGCAUAUUCAGUGAUGCCGAACACGAUUUCUCGACGGUUAUUGCCAAAUAUUUACAGCUCGAGGUGACGAUAAAUGAUAGCAUAUCCACCAAUCUGUGCAGCACGUGCUGGCAUCAAUUAAGCGACUUUCAGCAGUUCUGCAUAAUGAUAGCCGAAAAGCAGCAAACGCUCCAACUGAAAAUGGAGCCCGAACCGCCCCCCGAACCAGCAAUCGUUGUUUGGAACACCGAGUCGCCGAUAGAAACGAAGCUGGUCUUCGAUGACAACGACGAUGUUAAGGAUCAUAUACUAUGCGAGCCGGAGAUCGAUGUACAUGACAACAGCAGUAUCAUCAACCAAACGGAUUCACAAUCAAUCACAAGCAACAGCGCGGAUGCCUUCGACUUGGAGUUCGAAGAAGCAGUUACAAACAGAGCACAAUUGCCUUCUUCGGCUGCUUCUAGUCAGCGAGAGACACGUUUGCUGCGACGCACUGCAGCGAAAGCAGGUGUAUCACCUGCUGCUCUGCCUGAGUUACAAAAAAUCACAAAGCCACGCGGUCGACCCAAAGGCGCGAAAGCCAAAUCCAAAUCUAAAUCUAAGCCCAAGCCAAAGAUUGCGAAGCCCAAGCCCAACCCGGAUGCAACGGAGCUGCAGGCGAAGCGCAGCAGCAUCAAGGAAAUGGACGACUAUAUUGCAGCCAAUGUGAAGCUCGACUGUUGCCUCUGCGCUGCUCCAUUGCAGAACUUCAUCGAGCUGAAACGCCACUUUCGCUCGGAGCACAAUUGCACGGGAUACAUGGAGUGCUGCAACAAUCGUUAUAAGAAACGUACACUGUAUGUGGAUCAUCUGCAUUAUCACAAGGAUCCGCAGUACUUUAGUUGUCAGCCUUGUCGCAAGAGCUUCCUUAACCGCAACAGUCAAGAUAUGCAUAUGCUGCGCUUCCAUUCCGACCAGCAACAGCUCGUGCAUCAGUGCACCGUCUGUGAGGCGCGUUUUGCCAAAAAGUUUCUCCUCACCAUGCACAUAAAGGGGCACAAGGGCACCGAGCGAACCGAGGCCUGCGAAACCUGUGCGAAAAGCUUUCGCACUAAGCUAGAGCUAACAGCACACAUAAAGCGAAUGCACACAACGGACUUCACGCCCGUCAUCUGCGACAUUUGCGGCGUCAACUUUCGGUCGAAGGCCAACUUUCUGAUCCAUAAGAAGGCGCUGCAUCCGGAUGGCCCCGUCGAGGAGGUACAAUGUAAGCUGUGCAGCCGUUGGCUGCGGGAUGAACGAAGUCUGCGCAAGCAUGUGGCCCGACACGAUGAUCGCGAUGGCGAUACCAAGUAUCGUUGCGGGCUGUGCAGCGCAGAGAAGGCUUCCCGUGUGGCACUGAGCAGUCAUAUGCGCUACCAUCAUUCGGCCAAGCGGCACAGGUGUUCACUUUGUGCCAAAGAGUUCAAGCUUCCAAGGGCGCUAGCAGAGCACAUGGCCACCCACACGGGCAUCGAUUUGUAUUCUUGUCCAUUCUGCACGAGAACUUUCAAAUCGCAUGCGAACAUGCACAACCACAAGAAGAAGAUGCAUCCUAACAAAUGGGUACGCAAGUACACGCAGCCAACUGCGGCAGGCACUGCAAGUGGGUCAGCUGUAGAAGAACUGGAGAAGGAUGCGCUAGAUGACGAGCAAUCUGAGCACGCGGAGCCACAGCCAGUGUCUCGCGUUGAGAGCUCCUUUGAGUAUAUGACCAACGGUAAUGUUGUUUGUCCGCUCUGAAUGUACAUGG